UGCUAUAUAUUUCUUGCAGAAACCUCGUUGAAAAUUACUGAUCUAGGAAUUAGCCCUCUGGUUCACUUGAGCCGCAGAGCAUUGUCCCCUCCGGAUUUUUUUCACUCGAUUCUCGAGUGGAGAUAACAAGUGUAUUCGAGUGGAGUAACCCACAGGGGGGGCCAGCGUCAAAACCUGGAAGGCGGGUGUGGUGGGCGUUGCUGUGGGCGUGGCAUGGGCGUGUGCAGCAUGGUGCGGGUGCGGGUGUGCUCGCGGGCGGUGGUGGGCGGCAGUCUGGCCGCCCUGGUGCUUCUCCUGCUGGUGAUCCAGAUCCUGAUUGACGGCAGGACUUACCUGAGUCUUCCAGCGGUGGUGGUCGACUACGAAGACUACUUCGCUCCAGACGCAGUGAUGGGCGUGGAGGGCGGGGAGGGCGAGGGUGGGUGGCGGGCGGCGGCCUGCACCCUACAGGCCAACACCACCACCCCGCCCUUCCCCGUCAGGCUGCCCAAUUUCACAGCUUCUUCCAGCGACAAGAACAUCUUCUUUCUGGAGACAAUGUGUUCGUCGGCCCUUAAUGCUAAGAUGGCGUGUGCAGUAGAGAGCGCAGCAGUCCACCACCCCGACCACCAGGUCCACCUAGCCCUCACGUCCACCCACGUAGGGGGCACAGAUGCCAUCAUCCACGCCCUCGCCUCCUACAGCAACAUCCACAUCUCCAGGCUGGAUGUUGACACCAUCAUGGAGGGUACAGGACGACUCGGCAAGUGGCUCCGAGGGAUGGAGUGGACAAAGAGCGACUGGCCUGGAAUCAAUUUGUCGGAUGCGCUACGUCUUGGUGUGGUGUGCUCUGUGGGAGGCAUUUACCUUGACUUGGACGUGUGGACAAUGGCACCCUUGCCUUCCGGCGAGUCAUGGGUUGGAAGUGAACGCUUGGACUACCUCACCAACAGUGCCUUCAAACUCCCUAAGGAUCACUGGCUGUGUGAAGAGGCCAUCAGGGAGCUGACGGAACACUUUCGGGGCAAUGUUUGGGCCUAUAACGGUCCAGGAGUCUUCCAGAGGGUGGUGAGGAAGGCUUGCAACAUCCAGAACAUUGCUGACAUUCACAAGUGCAAGGAUCUCGUAAUAUUGGCUCCCUCCACCUUCUACCCGAUCUACUGGAGUCAAUGGGAAGAGUUCUUCGUAUCUGGUGGUGGCAGUUCUAAGACUUGGCCUCAAAAUACUGUUGCAAUCCACCUUUGGAACAAGCUCAGUAAGGGGGCACCCCUGCACCCCGGAGAUGGCUCGAUCGUUGACAAAACCUCACAGAAGAACUGCCCAAAAAUAUUCAACACCGUCACACAGAUCAAGAAGUUCAGAGAUAACUUGCAAACAAAAAAGAUGCACAAUAUAUCUUCAAAACACAAUCAUGUAGCAUGAGAAAAGCAACCUUCUCCAGUUAUUAUGUUUAUAGCACAAAGUUACUAAGAGAAUGCUGUGUCCACAAUACCAGAGUAUAAAAUAUACUUGUUCAAUAAAA